AUGGUACAAUGUGACCAUCAGGAACGAGCACUGCAUCCGCUCCCGGAAGAGUCUAAGGAAUAUGGGAAUCAUGACCAUGCAGUCGGAGCUCAAGCGGAAGGUGCUCCUUUGCCAAUAAUCAAAAACGAAGAUGGUGACGGUGUGGAUCCUGAUCGAGUCGAUGGACCAGAUGCGGUUGCCUACAAAGGUGAACAAGAUCAAGAGCAGAUGCCUGCUGUGGGUGCUGUGGCUGCAAAUGAUGUGUUUGGAAAGCAGUCCCACAAUGCCCGUCCUGAUGCAGAUGAUGAUUCCUAUCCCCAUCUUAACACGAAUGGGAAAUUCAUUCCUCAUCGAAGAAUCGUUCAUAUAGAUCUCAAAGGAGGAGCUUUUAGGCCAGAGUUCUUUACUGAAAUUUUCUACUACUUAAAUCGAAUAAAAGCAAC